UACCUAAUAAAAGGAAACUUGAUACUCAUUUAUUGAAUCUGACGGAAAUGGAGGUAAAACCGGUGGUGGCAGUGGUGACACAAAAGUUGGCAGAUACGCUGAAUGAGAAGCCAGUAGCUAAUAACAAAGUAAUGAUACUUCAACUGAAGGGUGUCCAAAAGUCUCUAAAGAAGCUGCAAAGCUUUUCAGAAGAAAAGCAAGUGUCAGACGAGUCCCGGAGAUCAGAGGACCAUCUGCGUGUCCUUUAUGCGGUUGAGGAUGAGAUCGAGAUAUUCACUUUCAAAGUCUCUCAACAGAGGAAGAGGUUUGGUUUCUUAAUGAAACAUACAUUCUUCUUCAACAACCUCAACGCUUGUCGUCGGCUAAAACAGAAGAUUGAAAAAAUCCAGAGCAGGAUUUCGAGUUCUCAUGAAGGUUCAAUCACUUCAUCUCUCGAUUCUAGCUCUCCAAGAACCACCAGAGAAGAAGAAUAUCAAGAUGAUGAAGAUGAUGUUUCUCAUUACCAUACACAUGAUCUAACACAAAAGAGUUCGUCGGCUGUUUGGCCCAUUUCAGAAAUCCCGAAUACCCCAAGUCCAAAACGUGGGUUGACUCGAUCAUUCAGCACAAUUCCGAAUCAUCAGGAUAAGAAACUAACAUUCAGCUAUUCUUACAAUGAAGAAGAAAUGAAUAUUGUAGGCUUCAAACAGCUAUCAAAUUUCUCAUACCAAGAAGAAGAAGUAGGCGUUUUUGGGCUGAAAGAUGAUAUCAAAAGCCUGGUGCAGCAGUUGACACAUCAAACGACACAAAAUGACAUGUUUGUUCCAAUUGUUGGUGAAGUAGGUUCGGGAAAGACUACACUUGCUAGAGCAGUGUAUCGAAAUAGAAAGAUCAAAGAUCACUUCAAAUUCCAUGACUGGAUUCCUGUGGAAGAAGAGCAUACAUCAGACCGUAUCUUACCCAGCGUGUUAAACAGGGUGGCUGCAGCUAAGGGUAAGAGGUACCUGAUUGUGUUAGAUGGUGUUCAAAGUUGUGGUGUGCUGAAAAAACUCAAAGAAAACUUCCCAGAUGAAAAUAACGGAAGUAAAGUAAUUUUCACAUCUCGGAAGAUUCCAGAGAAGAAGAACAUUAAUGCGCAUACUAUGACGCAGUUAAACGGAGAGGAAAGCCGGGGGAUUCCAGAGAAGAACAUUAAUGCGCAUAUUAUGAAGCAGUUAAACAGAGAGGAAAGCUGGAAAAUGUUUCUAAAGCAGGUUGGAAAGGAAAAGGAAGCUGAUCAAAUAAAAUCAAGCUUGAUUUCCAAGAUCUUGAAAAUAUGCAAUGGUUUACCUCUGAAUAUUGUCCUAAUGGCGGGACUCCUCUCGACUAAGAGAAUAAAAAGGUGGCCGUCAGCACUCCAUCACGAUCAAUGUUCUGAUAUAGUUCCGACCCUGUGUUACAAUGACCUAACCAUCCGCUCGAAGCUUUGCCUGUUAUAUCUAGCUCUUUUCCCAAAAUACUACGACAUUCCGGUGAGACGGUUGCUCCGACUAUGGCUAGCUGAGGGGUUUGUGAAGAGAGGAAACCAAAGAACACGAGAGCCACUUCCCGAAGAUUUGGUACAAGAGUGUUUUGAAGACUUGGUUAAACGAAGAAUGAUUCAGAUAACAAAAUUGAGAUCUGACAACAGCCCACGACGAUGUUGUUUAAUAUCGGUUUUUCAUGACUUUUUGUUGCCAAAAGCCAAAAAUAUCAGGCUAUUUUACAUUCACGAAAAUUUAGAGAAUCUUGAUAGUGUAGCGGGUCCCUCUGAUGUACGCCGGAUGAUUCGGCAUGUAAGCACAACAAGUGCCCUUGAUCACCAGCAGUCACAGCUUCAAAGAUCUACUUUUGAUCCGUCCUUUUUGAGAUCUUACAUAUCCUUUAACUUCCAACGUAGAGACAUGCCAGAUAAAGAAGUAGGGUUACUUUUGGGUAGAAUCAUUAGUAGUAAAUUUUGCUUACUGAGGGUGCUUGAUCUAGAAGGGGUUUGCAAACCGAGUCUGCCUGAAAAGCUCGGACACUUGUGUCAUUUGAGAUAUUUAGGACUGAGAUGGACUUUCCUGGAGAGUCUCCCUGAAUCAGUGGGUGAUUUGUCUUAUCUAGAAACCCUAGAUGUUAAGCACACUCGUGUGGAUAGUCUACCCGACUCCAUUUGGAAACUCAAACAGCUUCGUCAUCUAAAUCUCAACAACAUUCGUCUUUCUAUGCCGCCUAGAAGUUCUUUAACUCUCCUCACCUUGUGGGGAUUGGUUUUAGAUGAAAAGAUAUCAGUAAAUGAAGAUUUGGGAAAGUUGCUUGAUCUAAGAGAGUUGGGUAUUAAGUUCAACUUGACCAAAAGUCAAGAUUUGUUGCUUGACUGGAUUGCGAAACUAGUCAACCUUCAAUCUUUGAGGUUGACUUCUGUCAACGACAUGGGUCGCCCUUCAGAGCUAGUUUUGAAGCCACUCUCGACUUUGAUUAAGCUUUCUCAUCUUAAUUUAUAUGGUAAAUUAGAAAAACUGCCGGCUUUGAAUGAAUUCCCACCCACGGUCAAGGUACUUACAUUGUCAAUCUCUCAGCUAAAAGAGGAUCCAAUGGAGACACUGGAAAAGCUACCUUGUUUGAUUGUGUUGAGGCUUUUGGGAGACUCAUUCAUUGGAAAAAAGGUGGUCUGCCAUAGAGGAGGGUUUCAGAAACUUCAGGUUUUGAAGUUGUGGUUGCUGAAGGAGUUGGAGGAUUGGGAUGUGGAGGAAGGAGCGAUGGAGAGCCUUAAAGAAUUAGAUAUUAGACGCUGCCAAAAACUAAGCAAUAUCCCAGGUAGAUUACUGCAAAAACAGAGGUCCUUGGAGGAACUAAUAUUGACAGACAUGCCUAAAGAAUUCGUGGCUGGAAUCGAGAGAAGAAAGUCGAAGGACACAACUCUCACAAUCACAACAACGAAACCCAAUCCCCUUGAAAAUUUAAGUCCUGGGCAGAGUUCUUCCUAAUGAUACAUACAUAUAUGUGUGUAUUUAAUCACUUGUAGUAUUCCUAUUCUAUUUUAUGUUACUAUUCUAUUUCUGUGUUGUAUUAAUAUCCUGUGUGAUAAAACUUGCACAUUAAAGUA